GUCAAAUCAGGAAGCUGUCAUUCUUGUCAUUUUAAAUUAGCGCAUUCUUUUCUACUUUACGAACGUGAUUUAAACACAAACCAAGCAUUAAUUAAAACAAAAUAAUGCACCUAAAAAUAAAGUAGUGUUCAUCCAAGUUAAAUUAUAUGGUUCGUGACUGUGUUUAUCAUAUUUGUCAAAAAUGUUUAACUACAAAUACCUUAGUCGGGAGCAUCUCGAAGGAUUCGAUAACUACAAGUACAUGGCGAUCGACACAAGCCCUCUUAGUGUGUAUGUCAUGCACCCUUUCUGGGAUAGAGUUGUUAAGUUAUUUCCUCGUUGGGUGGCUCCAAACGUGCUCACUUUCGCUGGCUUCCUACUAACAGUACUGGACUUCUUUUUGCUCUCGUACUAUGAUUACUCGUACUACGCGGCCAGCUCUCUCGCCCGUAAUGAAACAAGCGUGGAGCCUCUGGCGGCGCCCCUACUACACGAAGAGGUCAUACCGCGCCCGCUGUGGUUCGCAUUGGCCGUGUUUCUGUUCUUGGCGUACACGCUAGACGGCAUCGACGGCAAGCAAGCUAGGCGGACGCAGACCUCUGGCCCUCUGGGAGAGCUAUUCGACCACGGACUGGACUCGUACUCAGUAUUCUUCAUCCCAGCCUGUCUGUACUCCAUAUUUGGACGUCUGGACUUCUCCAUUCCGCCUAUAAGAAUGUACUAUGUGAUGUGGAAUCUUCUUUUGAAUUUCUACAUCAGCCACUGGGAGAAAUACAACACCGGUGUCCUGUUUCUACCUUGGGGGUAUGACUUCAGUAUGUGGGCGUCCACGCUAUGCUUCCUAUGGACGGGCUUGCGCGGCACGGCGUUCUACAAGCGAUACGCAUUCGGCUCGUACACGCUCGCGAACGUAUUCGAGAUCGCAAUCUACGCCACGGGAGUGUGUACAAACCUGCCUGUCUCUGUCUACAAUGUGUACAAAUCGUACAAACUGCGCACGGGCAAGAUGCGUUCCGUUUCCGAGGCGCUGCGGCCGCUGUGGUCCUUCCUAACGGUGUUCGCGGUCUGUUCUCUGUGGGUGCACCGCUCGGCGCGGCUGCCCGGAACUGAUCUCAGGGUGUUGUUCCUGCUCAUCGGAACUGUGUUCAGCAACGUGGCCUGUAGGCUGAUAGUCAGCCAGAUGAGCAACCAGCGCUGCGAGUUCGUCAACUGGCUGCUAUGGCCGCUCCUGCUGGCAGCAGCGGCGUCGGCGAUGGCGCCGCAGCACGAGAUGACCGCCUUCUACGCGGUCACUGCGCUAGCAGUGGCGGCGCAUGUGCACUACGGCGCUUGCGUGGUACGUCAAAUGUGCGACCACUUCAGGAUAAGCUGCUUCCACAUAAAGCAGCGGACAGAUUGACUCUUAGCCGACGAUGCGUGCUAGCGUAACACAGGCGACAUAUCCAUUCACGCGUACAUACAAACACACAGAGGCUAUUCAUUGACGUUUUAAGUUUACAGUGCGUACGAGUCGACUGAUAAUUUUGAAUUUGGAAUGUCAGUCGCGUUUAAAAAUAAGUUGUUUAUUUUCUUUUUUUAAAAAGGAUAUUGGGUCUUUUUGAUGGAGCGCCAGUAACACCAGUGUGCAAUCCAGUGUAAAAAUACUCUUUCAGAACUUUUUUUUUAUUAUAGUACUGUUUUUUAUAAAAAUAAGUGCACACAUUUAGUACAAUUUAAAUACAGAAAAAUGCGUUAGAAAAAGGUGCUCCCAAGAGCCACUCGGAUAUUAUUUAUUUAUUUGGUACAUAUGUAUUUAUGUACCUACACUGUUAAAUAUACAAAAUAUAGCUCAAUGAAUAGUCUCUAAACAAUAAAAAAAUCGUAGAUAUAAAUUAUACAUUGACUUGGCAUUAUUGUGCUGCUGUUAAAUUAAUUUCCUUCGAAAAACUUAAAAUGUGGGAAAAAAGCAACGCAAUAGUUACGUUCAGGUUAAACCACACAGUCUAGUGCACUUAAAGCUUUACAUUUGCAUAUAGAACUUGACAAUUCUGUAAGGCUUUUAAAACUGAAUAUAAUAAUAAUAAUAAUAAUAAUAAAUAGUUUAUUUCCAAACCAUAACACUAAUACAGCUUAAAAUCUUAA